UGGAGUAUUUAUGUCUCUCAUCUUGCUUAUCUACAAUGAUGAGCAUCAAAAUUAAAACUGCUAAACAUGUUACUCUUACACCUCAUAGAGUAAUACUCAAUUACAUCCCAAAUCAAAGUGACCAAGGUAGGAAGAGCAUAAAACCCUUAGACCAUAUAGUACAUGGAUUGCUAUUAGCCCUAUGCUUUUUAUAUAAAAAAAAGGAAAACUAAGAAAAUCGCGCAGCGUACAUUCAGCCCCCAGUCGCCGAUACUAAAAAGGCACAAACUGUGAGCAUAAAAGCACAUUCGAAGUAUUAUGCGAUAUCAUCUUUCGGUAUGAUAAAGUUUAAUUUUUUGAAGAGUUAUGCGUUCACGUAUCCCCUAUUUGAAUGUGGGAAAUGUUUCUAAAACUGAAAAGGCACAAACCGUGACCAUGUCCAUAAAUGCACAAUAGAAGCACUCUACACAAAAAACAGGAACAGGUAGACUGAUUGUCAAGGUUGAAACUAAAAUACCAUUCCCUAUAAAUAAAAUAUCGCAGUUUAAAGAUUUUCGGGAUCUGUUUGGUGAUAACAAUAAUUUAAAGGAGAGGCACACACAGAUUACGCCUGCACAUGGCUGUAGGUACAUACUUGAAGAUAUACAUACAUCAUACAAUAUACAAAUCCAUUGUUCUAGAAUCUAAUAUUGCGCCCGUAAUACAUUUAAUACUUAUACAUAGUACAUACUAUUGCUAUUGAGUUAAAAACAUUCACUCUCACAGAAUCCGCGGCAAAAUUUGUUUGGCAUUUAUGGAAACGCUGUCUACAGUGUAGUAAUGCGAAAUGCGAAUAAAGUUGACAUAUUUUCUACAAAAUGCACUUUCGCGAGAACGAAUUCGCAGAUAAAAAUUGCGAUAUGGCAUCUAUGCAAACUAGGGUUAAAGGGGUACUUUAGACACGGACGCAUGUUGAAUUCAAAUGUUUGAUGGUUAACCGACAAACUUUUUUCUGGGCCACUUUAUCUUAAAGAAAAACGCCUUUUCAGCCCCAGUGAACAAUUUUUGUUUGUUUGGAAAGUCACGAGUUCGUUGGUGUUUGCAUAGUGCCAUACUUGUCCUGUCCUGUGAAAAAUGAAUAAAAAUGUCAAAGUAUACACAAGACUUCAGUGACGAAACAGUAUUAACAACACCAAAACCUCGGGCAUCUUCCACAAUUCAAAGGGAGUACCAUAUAAGAAAUCCGAGAUUACAAAAAAUUCCACCGUUAACAUUCAGUCCCAAUACACCAGACGAAGUAAGAACAUCCGCUGUUUCUUCAACUUCAUUAGGUAUCUUAAAUGUAGACGAUAUUCGAUUAAAUUCUCUUAUUAGUACUUCCGAAGUGACGAGCAUUACACAAGUACGACAAAGAUCCUCAAUCAAUACCUCAAAAGAUUUAUGUUUACCAUCUCGCUAUUUGAAACCUUCGGAGAUAUAUAUCAAUUCUACGUGCGAAGUAACUUCUGACAGUACAGUUAACGAGAGUGACUUGAUAGAUAGGCCCAAGUUAUCUUUCAAACCUGACGAUGUUUCUACACCUCGCUCUUCGGGUGCUUUUACAAAGGUAUCCAUAACGAAACAAAGCACGUCGAGGAGUAUAGCCGAGUUAUCACAUCGAGUUCGAAAUUCGGAUCUCAGUCUCGCCGAACUCUGCAACCAGUAUUGUAGACUUUCUGAUUUUAACAAAGAUGUCGAAUUCAACGAAGAAUCCUUUGUUCCCGGUGAGUUAGCCGCUGACAAGUUUGCGGAAUAUGAGAAUUUAUGGAGGAAGGAGUUAAGUGUGCUGGGCGGUGCUAAAAUUCGUGGGGAUUCAAUCUUGUCGCAAUUCAGUGUUCAAGACCAAUUGACCGUUCCGGAGUUCUUUCCUAAGGGGUCUGAGUCGCUGGAUGAAUCGCUUUUCAAGAGGAGCCCGGAGAAAAAAGCGAUGCCAGUUCGUCUUCUUCAAACAACUUUAGAGGAUACCAAAUUGGAGACUGAAAGUGUGAAGUCUUCGUUUGGAGUAACGGAAUUGGAAGAUAAUUUCUCUGCACAGGAUGAUACAGCAAAAAUUAUUGAUUUGAUAGCAAAAAUGCCCGAAAAGAGAGAGUCUAGAAGCACCCGACCAAGGAAAGAAAACGUGCGCCCGCAAAGACUUGAACCUUCACAUUUCUUAGAAAUUUCCAAAAAUACCUUAAAAGUAAUUGAACCUUUGAAGGAUUCCGAAAACCUGAGUCAAGAACUGACCUAUUAUGAUAAUACAGUUUCAGUCGGCCACGCCGGUACAAGCUCAGUACGUACAGCUAGCAGUUUAGACAGUCUGCCCGGAGGAAAGCUUCCAAUCGAGACAAAUAGAAUCGAAUUGGUUUGGGGAUGUGUACGUGUUGGGAAGAGGAAAAUUCAAAAUUUCAUUUUGCGUAAUAGAUCUCAAAACAAAUUGCGAUUGCAGAUGACUAGCUCGAACAGCUGCUUUCGGAUUUUAAGCGACCAUUCAGAGUUGGACUCUGUCUCGGAAUUAUCAGUAUUCAUGCACCCAUCUGAAUCGCGAUCUUUUAGAGUAGUAUUUAUCCCUACGUCAAUCGGCGCAACUGUAGGGCAGCUUAGAUUUAGUCCCGCAACCAAAAAACUCGAAAUGCAGUACCAAAAGAAGCAAGUACUGCAUUUGUAUGCGUACGGAGGCUUUACUAGCGUCGAAAUACAGGACGUUCUUAAAGAUACCAACAUGAAAAUGUGGUUAUCAUUGGGAAAACUGGAUAAUGUUUCGCAGUUGCACAAGAAAUUCAAUAUAAAAAACGUAGGAAAUGUUUCCGCAUUUGCGCUUCUCAGAUUCACAACAAAAGCACUAUACCAAUCGUCGAAGCUGCUCAUCCAUCCAACCGAAAUAGUGCUGCAUCCAAAAGAAACGGCAACAGUAAAUUUAACCUACUCGCCGACGAAAGAAGAUGUAAAAAGCUUAUUUGAAACAAAUAAUCAAGUAAUGGAAAUCGGUAGUAUACAAAUGGUGACGGGCGCGGAAAUUCUCAGAGGUAGAAUUCGGCGGUUGUGUAACAAGCUCAAAGUAGAAUACGGUAAAAUCGAAAAUCCGCUAAUGGAACGGCUGAGUAAGAAGUUUCCCGACGAAAAAAUGCCGAGCGAUUUAAAUCAAUUCAAAGAGAGCGUGGGGUGCGUAAAAGAACUAAUGCAGAAUUUCGAUCUUAACGAAAUUACGGUUACAUUAGAGAGAGAUGAUGAGAGAACUUUGGUAGGACAAAUCGGCGGAAUGGAUGAAAGUUCCAUGUUUCACAGUCUUUGCGAACAUAUGAACACGGAAGUCAAUGGUAAAUUACUGACGUCUGCGUGUGUUGUCGAACCGAGUAGCAUAAUAUUGACACCACCUACAAAAACAACAGAUGCUGUUCUUCUCAUCAGCCACUCGAGCAGAAGCCUACAGUUUGAGACGAAAAUAGAACCGGCGGGUAUAUUGGAGAUCUUUCCAGGAGAAGGAUUACUUGCUCCGGGCGAAACUAAUUUCCUACAAAUUACGUGUGAUAUCAAAAGACUGCAACAACAAAAGUAUUUUAAGCUGUUUGUCUAUGUUGAUGAUGAUGUAUCUGAGGUAGAUAUUAAAGUGUUCGUGUUAACAAGAGCUAAGUAGACUUGGCACUAUACUUAUGUUUGCUUAUAUUGUUUUGAUAUUAUACUUUCUAUUUUUUUAUUUAUUAAAUGCAUCGCAGAA